UUCCGACUUCCCCUUCCUCUACUUCCUGCAUGUGCCGACAGUAUGGCAGCGCCCAUAGCGAUUCAUCUGGAGUUUGGCGGCGGAGCGGAGCUGCUUUUUAAUGGUGUGAAGGAACAUCAUGUGACCCUUCCAAGCCAAUCGGACCCCUGGGACGUGAAGCAGCUGCUGGUCUGGAUCCAACGGAACCUGCUGAAGGAACGGCCCGAGCUCUUUGUCCAAGGAGACUCUGUGAGACCUGGGAUUCUGGUGCUUAUCAAUGAUGCAGACUGGGAGCUAAUGGGGGAGCUGGACUACCAACUACAAGACCAAGACAAUGUUGUGUUUAUUUCUACUCUUCAUGGAGGAUAGAAAAUGAAAUGCGGAAUAUAAACAUAUCCUUAACAUCUCUGUAACUGCCUUUUCACCACAUCUUCUGCACUCUUCACUCCCCCCGCCCCACAUCUCAACAACACGUCACCCCAUUGGACGCUGUGGAUGUGCAGCCUGCACCAUGACAUCUGAGGUGAUUGAUGUUGGUCUGCAAAAAUGAGUGGAAAUUCAAAGAUGGUUAGCAAAAAAAAAUAAAUGUGGAAACUGUGAGACUGGAAUUCUGUGGACGUUUGCGUAAAUACCAACAUUUUUUAAUCGAGCCGGACAGGUUUAAAGGGCAGCCAUGUGAAGCUCUGGUUGUACUGGUCAACCACCCAGGUGCAAGUGUAAAUACCUACAGUUGGCGUGUAAACCUUCAUCUCCCUGCAUCUGCUCCUCCAGCAUGACUGAAAGACAGAAUGACCUUAUCGUGGGGGCCACAAUGACCUUCUGUUCGCCAGGACAGAAAAGAAAAGGUAACACUUUACAUGAGCCGCAUGUCAACAUUUAUUAAAUUGUUUAUAACAGAUGUAUUUGUAAGCAGAUAUAUAAGGACAUUUUAAGUGUUUUUGAAUGUAUUUGUCAACAAUUACAACAUUUUAUGGUUAUACACCAAUAGCCAGAUAUGGAUGCUUCACAUGUGGAGUUACAGUUGUUGUCCGUUUCUCACAUUUUCUGUGUUUACAACUGCCUUUAUAGUGGGUAAUAAACAAUUCCUUAAAUGUUUAUGAAGUGCUUGGAAAAAUAAAUUUGGGGAGUGUUCAAAUACAGUGUUACAGGAAAAAAAAAAAAUUUCUCCUUUUUUUUUUACUUGUAUGUGAUUAAAAAAAUAUAUUUUGUUUAUUAUGUUUUAUUCUUCUUAUUGCUUCUGAUAUUUCCCCCAACAAAAUGAAAACAGAUUAAAAGCUUUUUUUUUAAAAAAAAUAAACUGCCUAUAUCUGCUUUUAUACUGUAAAUUCUGAAAUUUAAAAGUAUUUUUCCACAUUAAAAAAGUAUUAUUUGUUGAUUUCACUAACAUUAA